AUGUUAUGGUUUGUGUUUGGUGUUGUUGUCUCCGGUAUAGGGCACGGGGGAGUGAACCAGCUGGGCGGGGUGUUCGUGAACGGCAGGCCUUUACCUGACGUCGUGCGCCAGAGAAUCGUGGAGCUCGCGCAUCAAGGAGUGAGACCCUGUGACAUCUCGAGACAGCUGAGGGUCAGUCACGGCUGUGUCAGCAAAAUCCUGGGCAGGUAUUAUGAGACGGGCAGUAUAAAACCAGGAGUUAUCGGAGGAUCCAAACCCAAAGUGGCCACGCCGAAAGUGGUGGAUAAAAUAGCGGAUUAUAAGAGACAAAAUCCCACCAUGUUUGCGUGGGAGAUCCGUGAUCGACUGCUGGCGGAGGGCAUCUGUGACAAUGACACGGUCCCAAGCGUUUCCUCCAUAAACAGAAUCAUCCGGACAAAGGUCCAGCAGCCGUUUCACCCCUCAUCAGAUGGGACGUCUCUCUCCACCCCAGGACACACAAUGGUUCCCAGUACGGUAUCUCCUCCCGUCUCCAGUUCUUCCAAUGACCCCGUGGGAUCUUACUCGAUCAAUGGGAUUCUGGGUAUUCCUCGCUCUAAUGGAGAAAAGCGGAAAAGAGAUACAGAUGGUUCAGAAGGUUCAGCACAAAGCAGUGAUUCUCAGGGCAGUGUGGAGAGUCUGAGGAAACAUCUACGAGCGGACGCUUUCACACAACAACAGUUAGAAGCCCUGGACCGAGUGUUUGAAAGACCAACAUUCCCAGAUGUCUUUCCCAGUUCUGAUCACAUCAAACCAGAACAGGCGAGUGAGUACAACCUCCCGUCAUUGAACGCAGGCUUAGACGAAGUUAAAUCCUCCAGCACGACCUCUGACCUGGGACCCAGCGUGUCACAGAGCUACCCUGUAGGUCGGGAUAUGGCCAACACAACUUUACCUGGAUAUCCACCUCAUGUCCCUCCCACAGGACAGGGCAGCUACCCAACAUCCACACUGGCGGGAAUGGUUCCUGGGAGUGAAUUUUCAGGGAAUCCCUACAGCCAUCCACAGUACACGAGCUACAACGAAGCCUGGAGAUUCAGUAACCCAGCACUACUAAGUUCCCCCUAUUAUUAUAGUGCAUCCAGAGGCUCCGCCCCCCCAACUGCUACCACUGCCUAUGACCGCCACUAGUUACCACGGAAACCAAUUUAGACGCCACGCCCAUGGCAUUGGACUUCAUAUUCUGCCAGUGUGAGCAGUGAAGCUGAUUGGACAGAAAGUGGUUUCGUGUGGUCACGUGAUGAGGGACAGACCAAUCAGGAUGAAAAACAUCUUGACAACAAUGCAGCCAUUGAAACAAGACUGAGGAGAACUCAAAUUACGUGAACAAUAAAUGCAUAACUUAAAGACAGAGGGUAAAAAUGAUUUUAUAAUCUACCAUGGAAAUCUGCUUUUUUAAUAUUUUUUAUUUUGUCCUCAUGGAUGAGCCAACAUCAUCUACUUGCUGUUUUUCUGCUACUCUAAAUCUAAAUUAUGGUUUUUGCACACAAACAUUUAAGCACUUUGGGUAAAUAAUGAUAUGUACGAUAUCAACGUAUAGACAGCUUUCAUUUAAAGAUUUUUUGUUUAACAUGAUUGUAUCUGAGUAUUAAACUUGCUAAUGCAAAUUCAAUUCUGGACUGAUGCUGAUUUAAUUUUGUAUUUUAUGUUUUAAAUGCUGUCAAUACAUAGAUACGGUACAUUUCAGUGUCCAAAUGUAAAACAAUGUACGUGUGCACUUACAUACGGAUACCUGCAAAUACCAUCACCCUGGAUAAACACAUCGUUGCAUGACUGCUGAACAAAACCUACAAGAACUCCAACCUUUGCACAGUAAAUAUGUACUUAAACUCUCAGCAUGGAAACAACAAAUCAAACAGGCGAUCUGCUCUCCUCAAUGUCAGCAGAAGACGUGAGAAACAAUCAAAUAGAAAGAGGAAAGAAAAGACAUGGAAAAGAGAAACUGAUCUGCUGUCUGUCCUGGUCCUGUUUAGGUCAGAUUGUAAAUGGAGCUAUUCUAAGAUGUUUUUGUACAUUGUUAUUUAAUAUAUAUUAUUGCAAAGAUAUCAUGAAGGACAUUACUGUAUGCAUUUUCUGUUUUUAAUAUCCCCAAAAGUAUGAAUCAAAUUCUCAGGGGGGAAUUCAAUAGGAUCCAAUUGCAGUCACAGAUAAAACCAUUUUAUUUUGUAUGUGCCGUUUGCUUUCCAUAGUAAAUGAUUCACUAAAAUAAAACAAAAAUGGUCUGGUUUAUAGCAUCACUGAGAUUCAAACUGCAGCAACCAUCUGGAAAUAAUCCCAAUUACACUUUUCUACCUUAUUUGAGACAUUAUUUGACCACUAAUAAUGCAAUAAACUGCAAAAAAAUUACUUUCUUACUUAUUAUUUUUGUCGUCUUUUCUGUAAAAAUAUAUAAACAUUCUUGAAUCAAGAUUCAGUUUUUGAUGAGCAAAAUGACCUAUGAAAAUAAGUCUAG